UGAUGGUGGCACUAACCUCGUCUCAGAUUUAGGAUCUUCAACUAUCGAAGGGGGAAAGGAUUUCUCUCUGCGAUUUCUCUCUGAACUCAACUAAAGAGUCGUCCGAAGAACCGUCUUCCUGCAGUUUUUCCUGCAACGCUCUCUCUUUCUCUCAGCUGUGGUUUAAACCAGUAAUACCAUGUCCACGACGGUGAAAACCACGAAAUACACCUACAAAUCAAGUACCGGUGGUGCGACCAGCGACGUCACCAUGGAGUACGGAACAGAUGUCGGUGCAUUUACACGUUUUGAGGACAAAAUUCGUCUGCUUCAAGAGGAUUUGGAAUUCGAAAGGGAACUCCGACAAAGAAUCGAACGCGAGAAAUCCGACUUAACUGUCCACUUGAUGCAGUUGACUGAAAGACUGGAUGAAGCAGAAGGUUCUUCAGAAUCACAGGGUCGAAAAAGAGAAACAAAAAUUUCAAGCAGAAGUAUAUGAUUUAUUGGCACAAGUGGAGAACGCCCACAAAGACAAGCUUAUAGCUCAGAAGACAGUUGAGAAGUAUGAGGUGACCAUCCACGAGAUGAACAUCCGUAUCGAGGAGUUGAGCCGAUCCGUUACAGAAAUCACAGCUCAGAGAUCGAGACUGAGCUCAGAGAACUCAGAUUUGAUGAAGGAAGUGCAAGAAUAUAAAAUGUCACUCGACAAUGUGAAUCACAUCAAGUCUCAAUUGGCAUCUCAACUGGAAGAUCUGCGAAGGAAACACGAAGACGAAGAAAGGAGACGCUCCAUGUUGGAACAAACAGUCCACACCUUAGAGAUGGAUGUAGAGUCCUACAAAGUACAUUUGGAUGAAGAGUCUGAGUUGAGGAUUGACAUCGAAAGGCAAUUGGUGAAAGCAAACGGAGAGUGCGCCACCUACAGAACGAAAUAUGAAACAGAAUGCUUGGCUCAUGCUGAUGAAGUGGAAGAACUCAGACGUAAAAUCACCCAGAAGACUGCUGAAUAUGAAGAACAACUGGAAGCUCUCCUCAACAAAUGCAGCUCCCUCGAAAAAGCAAAGUCCAGACUGCAGAGUGAAGUGGAAGUCCUUGUCAUGGAUCUCGAAAAGGCAACCAGUCACGUGCAAGUCUUGGAGAAGAGGGUGGUCCAAGUGGAGAAGAUCAACGUUGAGUUGAAGACCAAAGUGGACGAGAUGACCAUCCUGUUCGAGACCUCACAGAGAGACCUCAAGAACAAGAUUGCCGAUCUCCAGAAGGCACAUCACGAGAUCGAGAAUCUCAAGAGUACCAUCGCCUCCCUCACACGAGAGAACAAGAAACUAGCAGGUCAGUUUCCCUUUUUUACAAUGCUACAGUAUUUGCGAUACACGGAAAAAGAAAAUUAUGAAAAUCUUAUGUUUGUAAGAUCAACAACCCUGGGGAGGGGUCUAAUCUGUAACUUAGCUAUCAUUGGGAUGACUUUAAGGCAGAACUGUGGUUGGUGUCUCCUUCUAAUGNAAAGUGGACGAGAUGACCAUCCUGUUCGAGACCUCACAGAGAGACCUCAAGAACAAGAUUGCCGAUCUCCAGAAGGCACAUCACGAGAUCGAGAAUCUCAAGAGCACGAUCGCCUCUCUCACACGAGAGAACAAGAAACUAGCAGCGUUGCUUCAGAUGGAGAUGAAAAUAAAAAAGAUGAUUCUUCUGAAUCUCAAUCGAAUCAGGACACAAUUUCGGACACUAUCGUGGUUAUUCAUAAGUGUGAAGAUUCGGAAGACGCAAAUGAAUCAUCACCAAUAGUCGAAUCCGCUGAAACCGAGGAAGUUGCUGGCGGUUACUCUAUUGUGUGCAGAAAGCAGAUGGCUAUUGAGAUCGAUCAAUUGAGUCAGCGCCUGGCUGAAGCUGAAGCUAAAGUGAAGACCGAAGUUGCCCGCAUCAAGAAGAAGAUGCAGGUGACCAUCACAGAACUGGAGAUGAGUUUAGACGUUGCCAACAAGCAGAACAUCGACAUGCAGAAGACCAUCAAGAUACAGUCUACCAAGAUCACGGAGUUGCAAGCUCAUUAUGAUGAUGUGAGCCGACAGCUGAAUCAAGCAAUUGAUCAAUUGGGAGUCUCUCAAAGGAGAAUCCAGGCUCUUAUGGCUGAACUGGAAGAGCUCAGAGUCUCUCUUGAAUCCACGUUGAGGGCGAAACGUGCCCUUGAGCAGUCCCUGGAUGAAUCACACUCCAAGAUCUCAGAACUGACCACCAUCAAUGUGAACUUGACCUCCUCAAAGAGUAAACUAGAGAAUGAAUUCCUCACUCUCCACAACGACUACGAAGAGAUAUCCAAGGAACUCAGGGUGUCGGACGAGCGUUACAACAGAACUGUAGUGGAAUUGAAAUCAACAAAAGAUCUUUUGAUCGAAGAGCAAGAGAGGAGCAUUAAGAUCGAAUCCAUCAAGAAGUCCCUGGAGGUAGAAGUGAGAACCCUGCAGGUCAGAAUAGAGGAAGUAGAGACGAAUGCUUUGGCAGGUGGAAGACGGGUCAUCAGCAAGUUGGAAUCCAGGAUUCGAGACAUAGAGUUGGAGUGUGAGGAAGAGAAGAAGAGACACUCAGAGACUGUGAAGAUGAUGAGGAAGAAGGAACACCGAGUGAAGGAGUUGCUGUUGCAGACAGAAGAGGAUCACAAGACAAUCACCAUGUUGAACGACGCCGUCGAAAAACUCACAGAGAAAGUCAAGGUCUACAAGAGGCAACUCAACGAACAGGAAGGAAUGACUGCCCAAAACCUGACCCGUGUCCGCCGCUUCCAGAGGGAAUUAGAGGCAGCAGAAGACAGAGCCGAUCAAGCAGAGAGCAACCUCUCCUUCAUUCGAUCUCGCCAACGGACCAUCGUGACCGGACCGGCAUCUGUCAGACAAGUCCUAGUGACCACCACCGAGGAAUCCAGCAGCAGUUCCACCAACUACUAAAUAUGAACUUUUUUGUUGAUGUCAUUUCUUGUACGUUAUCUCGUUAUGUUUCUUCAUAAAGUAGCUCAGCUAUAGAUCCUCGUCUGCCGUUUACAAUCAGGACCGGAUUUAAAUCUCAGUUACUUUAAUUUAAAAAAAUAAAUAAAAAAGUCAACGUUGUCAUAGUAUUAUUACUAUUUUGUUUGUUUUGUUAUCAAUUUAGAGUGAUAUUAGCAAAGUAUUGUCUGACGGUCGAUUUCAUUUAUUUAUAAAUAAACAAUUUCUUUUUUCUACAUGCGUUGGAUAUUUAACUGCUUUUGAGAAGUGUAUAAGAUAAACUUUUAUUUAAUUUGCAUGGCACACGUGAGCUUGUUAACUUUGCAAAUAAUAUUUAUGUACUCGGGUGCUUAACAAUUUUGCUUUUUUUUUCUCUCUCUCUCUUCUCAAUCAUGCGCAAACUAUUCCAUAUAAAAGAAAUGAGGUCAUUUUGUAACUGUAUCCCAGAAAGCAUUUUUCACUCUUGGCUAAAGAACAAAACCUGUAGUUAUAUCUGCUGUGCUUGAUAAUAUUAUGCAACCGCUUCUAUUAAUUGUCUUUCACUGGAAUAAAUUAUGAGAUGCAAUAAAAUGAUUUCUGUAGA